UUGAUAAAAUGAUUUUGGAAACAGGAAAGAAAACAGAGAGACCCCCAGGAAGUAACGAAAAGCUUAUAAAUGAGCUUGUAAUUAGGCCCUAUCAGUAUUCUCUCGUUUUUUCUCUGCAGAAAACCUCUCCUGUUGACACUUUCCCCAGACAUGGAGCUCAAAGCAAAGCGUCCAGUGAAAACUCAGCCACAGGUGAUUAACAGAGUAGCAGUUUGGGCAUUCAUGGUGGCACUCGUGGUGAUUUUGGGUGGAGCCGAGGGCAGGAUCGUGAAGAGCUUCAGCACCUUCGAGUACAGCGCGAUGAGCUGCAGGGCUCACAGUGCCUCGGUGACGGAGUUCGGGGCGGUCGGCGACGGGAAGACGCUGAACACCAGGGCGUUCGCGGCGGCGAUCGCCCAUCUCAGCCGGUACUCGGCCGUGGGCGGUGGCCUGCUCUACGUCCCCGCCGGGAGGUGGUUGACGGGGACUUUCAACUUGACCAGCCACUUCACUCUCUACUUGCAUAAGCAGGCUGUUCUUCUUGCUUCCCAGGACAUAAGAGAUUGGCCACUGUCCGAUCCAUUGCCGUCGUACGGCCAUGGGAGGGAAGCGCCGGGAGGGAGGUACAUGAGCUUCAUAUUCGGGACCAACCUCACCGACGUGAUCAUCACCGGGGACAAUGGAAAGAUCGAUGGUCAGGGUGGCGUUUGGUGGACGAAGUUCCACAAGGGCAGCUUGAAGUACACCCGCCCUCACCUGAUCGAGAUCAUGCACUCGCGCUCUAUUCAGAUCUCUAAUUUGACUCUGCUCAACUCACCAUUUUGGACUGUUCAUCCUGUUUACAGCAGUGACAUUGUCAUUCAAGGGGUAACGAUCCUUGCUCCAAUCAAAUCUCCCAACACCGAUGGGAUUGACCCAGAUUCCUGCACUAAUACUAAAAUUGAAGACGUCCACAUCGUCUCUGGAGAUGAUUGCGUGGCCGUGAAGAGCGGUUGGGAUGAGUAUGGCAUCUCUUACGGAAUGCCGACCAGACAGCUUGUGAUCCGACGGCUCACAUGCAUUUCCCCGUACAGUGCGAUGAUCGCUCUCGGAAGUGAGAUGUCCGGCGGAAUCGAAGACGUCCGAGCCGAAGACAUCACGGCCAUCAACACGGAGUCCGGGAUCAGGAUCAAGACUGCUUUGGGCAGGGGAGGAUAUGUGAAGGAUGUUUAUGCGAAGGGAAUGAAAAUGCACACCAUGAAGUGGGCCUUUUGGAUGGACGGCAAUUAUGGUUCGCACCCGGAUAACCACUACAACCCAAAGGCCCGACCCAUGGUCACCGGGAUCAAUUACCGGGAUAUUGUGGCCGAGAACGUGACUAUGGCUGCUCAGUUUAAGGGGAUCCUGGGGGACCCGUUCACCGGAAUUUGCAUAUCUAAUGCGACCAUCACGAUGGCCCCUAAGUCCAAAGAGGAGCCGUGGACAUGCAGCAACAUUCAUGGGAUCACAAGUGGGGUCACACCUCAACCUUGUGGCAUGUUACCGGAGGCAACCACGACGUGCCAUUUUCCGGAGACGAGUCUCCCAAUCGAUGGAGUGAAGUUCAAAAAGUGCAUUUAUAGGGGGAACCAUGCAUGAUUUUCUUGUGCAGCGAACCGGAGGGCUACUCGGUGUAAAUUGCAAAGCCCAGAUCGCUGAAUGCCAAAAUGCAUUUUCUAUGUUUGAAUGAGAACCUGAGAAAAUGGUUAUGAACUAUGAUCGGCUCUUUGAGGCAUGAACGUGUGUGUAAUCGGUUAA